AUAUAUUUGAAGUAUGAGCAAAUAAAGAAGUAACAGUAAAAAAUAGUAUUUUUUGAGGAAAAUUCUAAGUUCAAGGGGAGAUAAAUCUGAAAAUAUUGGUGCUAGAGUUAUGAACCUUGUCACAUAAGAUGAGGAUGAUGAUAAGGUACAUAUAUUUGAAGUAUGAGGUUGAUCCCUUAACAAAUAAAGAAGUAACAGUAAAAAAUAGUAUUUUUUGAGGAAAAUUCUAAGUUCAAGGGGAGAUAAAUCUGAAAAUAUUGGUGUUAGAGUUAUGAACCUUGUCACAUAAGAUGUGGUUGAUGGUAAGGAACAUAUAUUUGAAGUUUGAAGUUGAUACCUUAAGAAAUGACAAAGUUAUAGUGAAAAAUAUUUUACUGCACCAAAACUUUAAUCUGAAAUCUGGACGCGGACGCCGACGCCGGGGCGAGUAGGACAGCUCUCCAUAUACUUCGUAUAGUCGAGCUAAAAAUCAUUGACCCAGAAAAUGUAAAUGAUAGGCACAACAAAACUUGGUACCGAUCAUUCAUGAACUGCACCAGUAGUUUUUAAAGAGUAGUCUGCUACAAUUAUGUCAAGGUUAUAAUUUAUACCACUUUCCAAUUUUACCUGGGGUCAACCUUUAACAUUGUCAGUUACCUAUGGUAAAUAAUUAUGUUCUGUUCACACUACAUUAUCUAUAUACCUUCAUAAAUCUUUAACUUUUAAUAUUAGGAUCAGUCUAAUAUGUUAAAGAAUUCCCCCGGAAGAAAUAUUCAGUGUAAAUAUGCUUCACAGUAACAGAUCUAUUUUACCCAAAUGUUUUAAGGAGAUGGUAAACAUAAAAGAUUUGCAACAUGUAAUUAAAUAACAUUUGAUCGUCCCAGUAAAAUCGUAAAUUUAUUGAGAUAAGAAAUUUUCUUUCGAUUUCAAAUCAAUCAAGUUUUGUUGUCAAGCAUUAAUUUUACUGGUCAAUCUAAACCAUAGAAGUUCAUCAUGGGAAAUUCAAAAACCAAAGAAAAAACUGGCUGUGGGAAUUGCUCUAAGAUAAGGAGGGUACUAAAUGUUUCCGAGUUACAAAUUGGCCAACAUAUCUGUGAACCUGGGAGGAAAAAAUGUACCUACAAGGAAAAUAGACACAGUCUGAAAGCUCAAUACUUUCAUCAUGCUAUAAUUGGUGAAAUAAAACACCGUAACGAUUACAAAGUUACGCUUGUCCUAAUACACUAUACUGAUGUAACCGGAUUGAAGAAGGGGUCAAUAAAAAUAACAGAGGAGAAAAGAGAUCUGAAAUAUGAUGAAAUAUACAUUGUCCAGUAUACAUAUCCAAAAUAUUCUGCUGAGAAAAUAGUACAAAGAGCCAAAAAAGAAACAAAAAGAGAAGUAGAACAGGAGACCUAUUACGAACAAGAAGAACACAGAUAUACCUUUGGGAAUUAUAAUCUUUUUGUAAGCAAUUGUGAACAUUUUGCAACUUGGUGCGUUCUGGGAAAUAAGGAGUCUUUCCAAAUUGAUCAGAAAUGGAGGGUUUAUUUGUUUCCUUUUAAGAUAAGUUCAGGAGUGGCAGGGAUCCUUUCACAGCUUCUCCUAGAAAUAUUAAGAUUUUUUGCUUCUUUUGUAUCUGACAAAAAUAUGUAUGGACCUGGUUUUUCAAUUUUUGUCAUUGGAGCAUUUUAUUUAGUACUUCUAUUUGGCAGAUACCGCCACCUUUACAAUAAAUACUGGAACUACAGAAGGGUAUGUCAACAUUGUUAUGAAGAAAAACAGAGCAUCUUAGCAAUAAAACUAUUUUGGUUCAUAUUAUCUGGAAUUUUAUUUUAUUUUAUCACAGAUGCCUGUGCGCCACGGUUCCCGGCAUGGCCAGUGACAAUAAUACUACAUGUGAUAUUCACCUUGCUUAGCAUUUUUUUCCGUCGGUUAUAUGGAGAACUAAAAUCCCCGUUUCUGCGUUGGUCUACUAGAGUCAAACAAUUGUCAGAAAUUAAAAGAGGUCACGUCAUAACAUUUAGACAUUUUGGAUUUCAACACUUUGCCCUUAUCACAAAAAUUCACUCAGAAACAAGUGAAAUAUCCAUAGUUCACUAUAAAGGAUUUUUCAACAUCAAACUGACCAGAGACAAAAUCUGUUUGUGUAAAAAAUCAAUUAGGCGACUAAGACUGACAAAACUUUCAACAUAUAAAACAAACAAAAGAAUCUCAAGGAUUGAAAGCAGGUUGGGUGAGAGAAAAUGGCAUUGGCGUUGUAAUAGGUCUGACCAUGUAUGUUAUUGGGCAUCAAUUAAACAGAAACAUUGGGAAUAUUAUAAACCAGUACACAGCAACGAGACAUUAGAUCAAACAGAGGAGGACUAUGUUAAAAAGAGUUCACUGGAAGUUGAAACUAUUGUUGUCAACCUUAGAACUGAAAUCGAAGAAGGUGAUGUGAUAGAAUAUUAUAUCAACAGUAGAAAAAAAGAACAUGGAACAGGGAUCAUUACUGAAUUGAAGAAUACACAUGAAAGCGAAAAUGGAAAUGAUCGCAUCUUUACACUUGUUGUGGUUACACAGAAACAUAGAAUUGCUGAAGAGGCUGAGAUCACUGUAGAUUUGAACACAGAUACUAUUAAGGUAAAAAAGUUUCAUCCAGUGCACUGUCGUAGCAUGCAGGAACGAAAAAAACAGGCGAAAAGGGCUCAAGAAAACAGAGAGCAACACAAAGAAUUCAACAUCAUGAAAUUUUGUGUUUUAAGGGAAAAACAAACAAAAGAGCAAAAAGACAUUGAAAAGAAAGAAAAGUGAUUAACUUUUGAUUCAUGUGAUUAAACCUAUUAAAACAAAAGAGCUAGCCUUUACUCAGGAGUUUAUGGAGUUCAUGAGCUUUUAAAUUCACUUGACAUGCAUAAUUUGAUAAAACACAUCAUUUACACUUUUAUAAUCUGUAACCUGUUCUAUUAAGUCUUUGUUAGACUCUGUAAAAUUAUCAUCAGAAUAUCAGACUUACAAAAGACUAGUUGUGGGUAGUUACAGAGAUGCAAAUAUACAAGAAGUAUGUCACCAAAGACCGCAUGUACCUACUGUGUGUGAAUGUCUCAGAAUAUGUUGUGUAAUCCCAGUAAUCAGUGUUGCUUGUGAGUGAGGGUUUUCAACCCAGACUCCAGAUUGAGAACCAACCUCAAUAAUGUAACUGAGAAUAUCUGAGGAUGGGCCAUCCCUAAAAAAUUUCAAUAUUGAAAAGGAUGUCAUAG